AUGGCUUCCUCUCCCACACAAAGAACUUUUAAUGCAAUUUCCAGGCUUGAUAUGAAAGAACAAACCAUUGACGAAAUGUAUGGUAUACCAGAAAACUUUCUAGAGAUCGAAGUGCGCAAUCCUCAAACUCACGGAUUCGGUCGUAAAAUGUUCACAGACUAUGAGAUUGUUUGUAAGACGAAUAUCCCUGCCUUCAAAUUGAAGAACUCAUCCGUCAGAAGGAGAUACAGUGAUUUUGAAUGGUUCCGUGAUGUUCUUGAACGCGAGACAUCGAGAGUCAACAUUCCUCCUUUACCUGGCAAAGUCUUCACCAACCGUUUUGCGGAUGAAGUCAUUGAAACUCGUAGGGAAGGACUUGAACGAUUUCUACAGAUUGUUGCCGGUCAUCCACUUCUGCAAACUGGAAGCAAGGUUCUAUCUGCAUUUAUUCAAGAUCCCAAUUUCAAUCGCGAUGUCUAUAAUUAUUAA